AUGAAACAAUUAAGUAGUAUGGCAUCGAAUGAAUAAUUUGAUGCCAGAAACUAAGCAACAAGAUUUUAUAUUAAACAAAAAGGAAUUAAAAUAUAGAAUACAGUCUCAAUAGAUGCCUUGUCAGCAAUUAUAGCAGUUUGA